UUGCUCUUACCCAAAUCUGGAUCUGGAAAUUAGUCCUUUAAUUCUCUCUCCCCUCAUUUCCUUCGUCUCGAAGCAAUUUUUUCUCUUGUUCUUGAUUCCCUCUACAACAAAAAUCCCCAGUGAUGCAAGAAGCGGAGCUCCAUGAUUUAUCAGACGACGCAGAUUACGCCGCGUCUCAACUGCACGGAUCGGCGAGCAUGAUGAGGUGCGAUAGCGGCAAACAGAGCACGUCCAGCGAACCUGAUGGCGCGGAAGUUGUGUAUACAAAGGAUAACGUUACAAUUCACCCGACUCAGUUCGCGUCUGAGAGGAUUAGUGGAAGAUUGAAGUUGAUUAAGCAAGGCUCUUCUCUGUUUAUGACGUGGAUUCCUUACAAAGGGCAGAACUCAAAUGCGAAGCUGUCUGAGAAAGAUAGAAAUCUAUACACUAUUAAGGCAUUGCCGUUCACUGAUAUGCGUUCCAUUCGUAGACACAAUCCAGCUUUUGGAUGGCAGUAUAUAAUAGUUGUCUUGGCAUCAGGACUUGCAUUUCCUCCUCUAUACUUCUACAAUGGAGGAGUAAAAGAAUUCCUAGCGGCAAUAAAGCAACAUGUUUUUCUUGUGAGGUCGGCAGAAGAUGCAAACAUAUUUCUUGUGAAUGAUUUUCAAAGUCCACUGCAGAGAACUUUGUCUUCUUUCGAGCUGCCUAGAGCUGUUUCUGUGACAACUGGACAGUCAGCAGUCACUCCAGUGGGUGAAUCUCUUUCACAUGAGAACCGGGAGAAGGGUGGUGGGGGUUCUCAUGAUGAAGGUGCUAGUUUUUCCCGAUACAAUGGAAGGCAGAGGCGAAGAAAUCAUGAUCCUGCCCGAGAUAUCUCGAUCAAUGUGUUGGAAAAAUUUUCUCUUGUGACCAAAUUUGCCCGAGAAACAACUUCACAACUAUUUGGUGACAGUCCUAGCAAUGGCUUUAGUUCUCUUGAGAGGAGAACUCACAACAAUACACCGAUUGAUCUCCCACACAAGGCAUCCAUCACUGUAGAUGAAGUUCCGAAUGAAAUCCCUGUUGCUCCGGAUUCUCUCGACAAAAGUUGUAGGAAACAAAAACAUGGUGAAGAAGCUGCCACCAAUGUGGGGACUUUUGAGCUAAUAAAUUUUGUUGAGCUCGAUAAACAAUCACUAAUAUGGGGAAAACCGCGACAGCCACCACUAGGAUCAGAAGAGUGGGCCACUUUCUUGGAUUCUGAAGGGCGAGUGAUGGAUUCAAAAGCCUUGAGAAAAAGAAUAUUCUAUGGGGGUGUUGAACACAAUCUACGAAGAGAGAUUUGGGCAUUUUUGUUGGGAUACCACUCAUAUGAUUCGACAUAUGCAGAAAGGGAAUUUCUUCGAUCCGUUAAAAAGUCAGAGUAUGAGACCAUAAAACACCAAUGGCAGAGUAUCUCGAAUGAACAGGCAAGAAGAUUUACAAAGUUCAGGGAAAGGAAAGGACUUAUAGAGAAAGAUGUUGUUAGGACUGAUAGAUCACUCGCAUUCUAUGAUGGUGAUGAUAAUCCAAAUGUGAAUCUUUUACGUGAUAUCCUUUUGACAUACUCCUUUUACAACUUCGACCUGGGGUACUGUCAGGGUAUGAGCGAUCUAUUAUCUCCAAUUUUGUUUGUAAUGGGGGAUGAACCAGAAGCAUUUUGGUGUUUUGUGGCAUUGAUGGGGCGUCUUGGACCCAAUUUUAAUCGUGACCAAAAUGGCAUGCAUUCUCAACUUUUUGCAUUAUCCAAGCUAGUGGAGUUUCUAGACGUCCCGUUGCAUAACUAUUUCAAGCAGAAUGAUUGCUUGAAUUACUUCUUUUGCUUCCGCUGGGUUCUAAUUCAAUUUAAGAGGGAAUUUGAGUAUGAGAAAACAAUGCGUUUAUGGGAAGUUUUAUGGACGCAUCAUUUGUCCGAGCAUCUACACUUGUACGUAUGUGUAGCAAUCUUGAAGCGCUACCGUAACAAGAUAAUGGGGGAGCAGAUGGACUUCGAUACACUCUUGAAAUUCAUCAACGAGCUGAGUUUUCAGAUUGAUCUCGAUGCAAUUCUUAAGGAUGCUGAGGCUCUGUGCCUAUGUGCUGGUGAGCAUGGUGCUGCUUGCAUACCACCUGGAACUCCACCUUCAUUGCCUGCUGAUGAUGGUUUACUAUAUUAUCAACAAGAUGAUGAAGUACUGUGAAAUGUGAAUGGUUUAUUAGCCAUUUAUUCACAUUUGACUAUGGCGAUUGUACGUUAACUGCCUUGUAUGAUUAAGUUAUCUGAGCUAUACAACACAGCAAACAAAUUGUCAUUUACUCUCCUAGCCAUUGAAUGGAACCAGUGUUGUGUUGCCGGUAUUUGUGAAGUCUCAAUUACAUCAUUACUGCCAUAACAUAGUC